GGGCGCUCCCCCACCCAACAUGGCCGCCGCGUGCGCCGCGCGAGUCGCACGCGGCGCUGCGGAGGAGGCCGCGGGUCGACGCCUUCGCCCCGCUGCUGCUUGGAGCGAGAGGAGGCGGAGGGGCUGAGGGAGGGCAAGACAGAACGGACAUUUAACUAAAACUCAACUUUUUUUAAUGUUAAGUUAAUUACGCAAAAGGGAAAAUGCAGAACAACAUUGGUGAAGCGGAGGUUGAGAUUUCUGUGCAAGCUUACAGCAAAAUGAUCCUUCACGCCGCCAAGUACCCGUCGCGCGCCAUCAGUGGGCUGCUGCUGGCUGAGCAGAAUCCAGGUCGCGGGAGCAGUCGGCGGGGCAGUGAAGCCGGAGGAGGCGAUGGUGGUGGAGGUGGCCUGGCCGGGAGUCGACGCGUAGUGCUCACGGACUGCGUGCCGCUGUUUCACCUGGCGCUGCCUCUCGCUCCCAUGCUUGAGGUGGCCUUUGCCCAGUUGGACAUGUGGGCCAAAGAGAAAGAUCUUGUAAUUGCUGGGUACUACCAAGCUAACGAGAGCUACACCGACGUCAGCCCUAACCAGGUCGCAUACAAAAUCUCUGACCUCAUAUUGGAGAAUUAUAGUGAUGCUGUUUUAAUCAUGAUUGAAAAUCGUCAAAUGAUCCGUGACCAUGCCAAGUCGGCACUGCACGUGUACCACAACUCGGGUGGACAGUGGCAUAACAAGCAGCCAGGCCUCGUGUGUCUGGAGCCCGAUUGCCUGGGUGUGGCGUCGGGGCUGCUGAUACAGAGAGCGCACGUGCAGCUCAUGGAUUUUGACAACCACCUGGACAACCCAACCCUCGACUGGGCCAACCCAGUGCUCAACCGCCUCAUCCUCGACUCUUGCUGACCAGAGCUAACCUGACUUGUCCCUAAACCUUCGCUUCCUCUAAUCCAAUUAAUCAACCCACACCUGACCCACACUGGACAGUUGUUGGUCUGGCCUGACUGGACCUUCAACAACCUGAACAUGAACUCUUCAUGAACUGAUCUGACCUCACUCACAACCACCUCUUCCUACAUUCCCGCUGACUGUACAAGAUGCAACCUGUAGGCAUCUAACAAUUUUUUUCCCCAUCACGAUCAUGGUCCUGAUGCCGUUAAAGACUCCGUUCUUCUUUUCAAAACAUAUGUUUUGCGGUAAAUGUAGCACUUUGUAUGGCUGCAGGAAUUACACUAACCCAUUACAUACAACAUCCACAAAUUUUGAAACAAUUGUUUGUUACACGCAUGAUUCGGUGCAUGUAGCUAUAGAGUAAGAAUUUAUUUGAAUUGAGACAUGGUCACAUGCUGAAUGACUUGGCCCACAUCAGGAGGGUACCAACCAAAGCCUUUGGUCUGAAGUGUCCUGACAUGAUGACCGCUCCUACCUUACUAAUUGGCUGUCGGGUGGUAGCGGGUUUAACGACACAUUUAUAUUUACGCGAUCUAACCCAAAAAAACCUCUAUUAUGGAUGAUAUUGGUCACGAAAGCCCUACUUGUUAAAUUGUGCCCAUUUGCCAUCUAACCUGGGUGGAACUGCCUGUCCAAAAGACUGAACAGUUCUAAUCUCAUUGACAGUGGUGACAAUAAAGAUGAUUGUGAUUGGGCAUGUAAUGUGUCGCUGCCUCUGGUAAAUUGAAGAACUGCCACGAUUUUGGUUAUGAUUCAAUCAAAGAGUUGAUUAUUUUGUAUUGAUAUGUUAAUUCUCUUUAGCCACUGCCCUGUUUGUACUGUAUGUGCUCUUUUGUCUUUUUCAUACUAAUUUCUGCUAUCUGACUCCAAUGUUCUGUCUGUCUCAAUAUCGCUUCUCCCUUCCAUUAGUCUAAAUGUACAUGCGCAUACAAUUGCGUAAAAAUUGCAAUAAGCGUAAAUAUUCGAUGUACACAUUUGAUUUGGUCCUUGCAUCAUGAGCAACAUAAUCAGUUUUAAUCAAUGAAUCUUUACGUGCCUAAUUGUGGUUGUAAUGGAGAUCUUUACAAGGGACCUCAGUCAUCUAGGCAGAUUCUGUCAUUAAUACCUUUAGGUUGAUCGAAUUGUUUUAUAAUUUAGUGCUAGCUUGGGUGAUAAUUUGAUGUUUUCUUUGAUUCCGUUAAUGUUGUAUAUGUUUUAUUUAAGCCAGUGAGAGGUCAUUCACGUUUUUCAUCUCAAAAAAGACUUGGAUCAUCGUUGUGGAGGGACAUUUCCUGUAUACUUUUAUUCAGUUGCUUAGCUAAUCGAAUGUGCGGUUGGUGCAACUGCACCAGGGCCCACAAGCUUUAGGGACCCAGGUGAUGAAAAGGAGGAAAAAUUGGGCAGUGGUCCCAGACCCGUUCAUUCAUUGUACAGGGCCAAUGCCAACCGUGUUAUGCCACUGUUUCUAUCCAUGUUAAACUCAGAUACCUCGUAGAGGUUUCAAGACUCUUCAGCAAAUUCCUGCAGGAGUGAUUUGCCGCUUUCUGUUUGAGGUAUUUUUGUGAGCAAAUACAUUGUAGUGCCUGGAGAAAUUUCACACGGAGAGAACACUCACUGCAAUCCAUUUGUCAUUUUCAAUCGCCAUCUCAGGAUGAUUCGUCAACCCCUCUUCAUUUAAGUGGUGGUUCAGGGGUGUCUCUUGCUCCACACCAUCUUUUCACCUGGCAACCUGGGGGAGGUUACUGUGGGGCUUUCAUCCCGAAAUAGAAAACUCAGAGAUUAAACGAUUCACUCCCGACCUCCAAUCGGUGAGUCAAUGAAUGGUCAUGGUUUUGAUCAAAUCAUCUUUUCCUUUUAUUAACAUUGUAGUGAAUGGUAGCACUAGUGGAUGUACCUCUAGUGGAUACACCAGUGGCGUGAACCCAUUGAACACACCAACCUAAGCACAUUGGCUGAAUUCAAUGUAUGCAUUAUUACACCUAUCGUAGUAUAGGAGCCAGUGGACUUAAUCUGAAUGUAAUAUAUACUUAUUCUGUACUUUUUACUGAUAAAAUCAAAAGUUCACAAUGUAAAGAACUAUACAUAGUUCAUGUAACAAAAGCAGAUGAGAGUUGGAUUAGUCGAGGGGUGAAACACCAAGGGUCGCACUUGACAUGCCAAGCAUACGAGUUUGAUACCUGGCAGGAAUAAUGAUGCAUAGAUGAAUUGAUUAAAAUCGAUUCUUAUGCUUACGAUGCAUGCAGAAAAUAAUGCAUAUGAGAUCUCUUAUUUUAACUUCUAUGUUAUAAUUGGAUCACAAACCCUGAAGCUGCUAACGGUUAUGCAUGCAACUGAAUGUGAACUCAUAAGAGAUAAUUUAAUUGAAUAACAACCACCGAAUUAUGAAAGGUGUUUGGAAUCCUGAGGAAGGAAUAUUCAUACAUACCUAGCACCGAGUUACGAUCCAUUAUUUUUUUCAAUAAACCACUUAAAAAAAAAUGUGAUUAAAUUACUAACGAAAAGCACAUUCUAAUCAGAUUAAAGUUAUUUAACCUUCUCCUUGGUAUGCAAAGUGUAGCUAUCGAGUUUCCCACCCCUGGGAUACAGUGUCAGCUUAGCCACAAGCGUUUUUAUUCAUAGCACUAAGCAACACGUUGCAGUGACAUCUAUACCCCCUGCCCUGAACCACGAUCAGUCAGCCCCCACCCCUCUUCAUUAAACCAGGGGUGUGGACCAUACUACCUGGUCCACAACUUCAUAUCAUGUGGCCAGCGGCUAUGUGGUCUACCACUUCUAAAUAGCCUUCAAAUUAUAUUUGUCACUGCAAGCAUCUUAGCCUCCUCGAGUACUAAAGGGGAAUAUUUUCGUUCUCGCAACAGUUUCUAAUUAAUGCACAUUCUUUCACUUCUAAGAAGUGUCUCUUGCAGUGACAAGGUGUGGUAAUGCGUGGCCUGCCAAAGAUAGAUGAAAUUCCUACAUGGUCAUUAAAUUAAAGGUUCCCACCCCUACGUUAAAUAGUGUCACUGCCAAAAUCUAGUCGCUGUGUUCCAGGUGAAUCUGCCAACACACCUGACCAACAGGUCCUGUGUCGGGUAAUCAAAAUUGUUAUUUUCUAUUCCAUAUAAUUAUUCUGCAAAUGUUUGGAAAGGUUUAUUGUAUGUGAAUUGCUUCAAUCAAAUCUAGACUAAUAAACUUGAUCUGUUUUGA